CCCUAGUCCCCCAAUCCAACUUGCCCCAAAUCCCCUCACCAAAUCCCCCAAUCAAAAACGUCUUAUCCACGAGAUUUCAAAUCAGUAAAAGAAAAUCCGCAAUGGGUUUGAGCAUCCAGCCAGCCGUCUGGAUCUGAAAGCAAAAAAUUGAGAAUUCCCAAAAAAAUGAAAUUGGUGGGUGUCCUUGUAUUCGAAAAAGUAGCAGUUGCAGUCGUCUUCCCAUUGGCCCUUUAACUUUAUCCCUGUUCUAGCGUCUCCAGUGUUUUUAGGUUAGGGUUGUGUUUGUAUUCGUCUAAAAAUGGCAAAAUUGGGUCCUCUCACAUAGCUAAAUCGUCCUCUUCCACGCGCCGAACGGUCUUCAUUGGGAAACCCUUAUCCUUUUUUGUUGAUUUGGUGUUUGAUUGAUUAUUUGAUUCGAUCGCCUCGGGAAGAGGGUCCUUUGCCAUAAAUAGGGGGUGGGAAAGAAGAUACAGCAAAAAGGUUUUUUUGGUUAUGGCGAGGGAGAAGAUUCAGAUCAAGAAGAUCGACAACGCCACUGCUAGGCAAGUGACCUUUUCGAAGCGGCGGAGAGGGCUUUUCAAGAAGGCUGAGGAACUCGCGGUUCUCUGCGACGCCGAUGUUGCCCUCAUCAUUUUCUCCUCCACCGGAAAGCUCUUUGAGUACGCUAGCUCCAGCAUGAAGGACAUUAUCGAUAGGCAUAAUGUGCAUGCGAAGAACAUCAACAAGAUGGAACAUCCGUCGGCGGAUAUGCAUUUAAUCGAGGAUAGUAACUACUCGAGAUUGAGCAAGGAAGUGGCUGAGAGAAGCCAUCAGCUUAGACGUAUGAGAGGGGAGGAGCUUCAAGGAUUGGGCGUCGAGGAGUUGCAGCAUUUGGAAAAGUCCCUCGAAGCUGGACUCAGCCGCGUCGUGGAGAAGAAGGGUGAAAAAAUUCUGAAGGAGAUCAAUGAACUCCAAGAAAGGGGAAAACAACUCAUGGAAGAGAACCAACUGCUUCGACGACGCGUGGAGGAUAUUUCAAGUGGCCAGAAAAAUACUGCCGCAGCGGAUUCGGACAACAUGGUAUACGACGAAGGGCAGUCGUCGGAGUCGGUGAAUGCCUGCAACUCCGGCGGCCCUCCGCAGGACUCCGAUAGCUCCGACACGUCCCUUAGGCUCGGGCUGCCGUAUUCGGGGUAAUCGACGAUGCUGAUGAUCCAUGGGUCGCUCGGGUCGGGUCGGAUCCAUGGAUCUGUAAGAAUGGUGUUUUGUGUUGAGACAGUCCGAGAAUGGAACUGCUGCUGCUAAGAUUGUUUGUAUGUAAUAUGCAAUCGCGUGUAUAUGUAAGUGUAUUUAUUUACAAUAUAUACUUUCUGUGUGCGCAA